GGGGAGGGAGGGAAGGCGAGCUGCAGACGAGCAGAAAGGAGGCGAGGCCGGGGAAAGAGGGAAACUACGCCUGACAACUAGGGAGGGGGCGAGAAAGAGAAGAAACCCACCCACCCACUCAGAAAAAGGAAAAGAGGGGAAAAAAAUCUCGUGUGGCGCGCCGCCUGGUUACCGGGCAGCCUCGCCAGCAGCAGGGGGUGGGAGCCGACGCUGCCGGAGAGCGAGCAGCUUGGCAGGCACGGACAUGGUGCUCCUGGCGCAGGGCGCUUGUUGCUCGAACCAGUGGCUGGCGGCGGUGCUUUUAAGCCUGUGCUCUUGCCUCCCGGCUGGGCAGAGCGUGGACUUCCCCUGGGCGGCCGUGGACAACAUGCUGGUGCGGAAAGGUGACACGGCGGUGCUCAGGUGUUAUCUGGAGGAUGGAGCUUCAAAGGGUGCCUGGCUCAACAGGUCAAGUAUCAUUUUUGCUGGAGGUGACAAGUGGUCAGUGGAUCCUCGAGUUUCCAUUUCCACACUGAAUAAAAGAGACUACAGCCUCCAGAUACAGAAUGUUGAUGUGACAGACGAUGGCCCCUACACCUGCUCUGUGCAGACCCAACACACGCCGAGGACGAUGCAGGUUCACCUAACCGUGCAAGUGCCCCCGAAAAUAUACGACAUCUCGAACGACAUGACCAUCAACGAAGGCACCAAUGUCACCCUCACUUGUUUGGCAACCGGGAAGCCAGAGCCUGCCAUUUCCUGGAGGCACAUCUCCCCAUCAGCAAAGCCAUUUGAGAAUGGACAGUAUUUGGACAUUUAUGGAAUUACAAGGGACCAGGCUGGGGAGUAUGAAUGCAGCGCAGAGAACGAUGUUUCAUUCCCAGAUGUGAAGAAAGUGAGAGUGGUCGUGAACUUUGCGCCUACGAUUCAGGAAAUUAAAUCUGGCACCGUGACCCCAGGACGCAGCGGACUGAUAAGAUGCGAGGGUGCAGGUGUGCCACCGCCGGCCUUCGAAUGGUACAAAGGAGAGAAGAAGCUCUUCAACGGCCAGCAAGGAAUCAUCAUUCAGAAUUUCAGCACAAGAUCCAUCCUCACAGUGACCAACGUGACACAGGAGCACUUCGGCAACUAUACUUGCGUGGCUGCCAACAAAUUGGGCACAACCAACGCGAGCCUGCCACUCAACCAAAUUAUUGAGCCUACUACCUCUAGUCCUGUCACAAGUCCAGCUCCAAGCACAGCCCAAUACGGCAUCACCGGGAGCUCCUGCGACCUCUGCCCCUGCUGGAGCCUUGUGUCGGCGGCGGCACUGUCCUCGGUCAUCAGUAUGCUCUACCUGAAGAACGCUGUCCUACAAUGAGUUUUAAAGACCCCGUGAAAGGCUCUCAAAGGAGUCUCUGAGAAUGCCGAUGGCUGGAUCCAAUCUUUGUGCCACUGGGUAGAAAGCCGCGCGUGGGAUACAAUCUGGCAGGCCCGCCCGUGCGAGGGUGACGCCGCCUGUGGAAUCAAUCGCUGGGCUGUGUAAAUACUUUCAUUCUCCUCUCCUUUUGAUUAGACACACGACCUUGUGAAGCACUGCACAUUGUCCUUUUUUUAAAGAUGUGAGAGCUCUGAACUUACUUUUAGAGGAUAUUCAUUGUGGUUUCAUGUUUGUAAUCUUCAAACUUUUCAGAAGCAUCCAGUCGUGGUCUGCUAGGCUUCCGGCUGUAGUUUACAUGACAAAUAUUGCAGUGAACACACGAUUCUUUAAGGCUGCAAUACAAGGGUUCAGUGCCCUGUUUCAGUAAGAGUCAACCCACAUUUACAAAGACGCAUUUUUUUCUUUUUGAUAAAAAAAAUCAAAUACUAUUGCCUUCAGAUCAUUUCCUCGAAAUAUAACACAUAUCUAGAUGCCCCUGUUCGCAUGACAUCCAGGUUUUGGAAAUGAGCCUUGUAAUAUAAACUCGCUGUGCUUCUCCUUCUAAGUUCAGCAUGGGUGUGCCUUCACAAAAUAAUCUUCUCUUUGUCUCUGACAAAUACAUAAUGUUUUCCUAAACCUCGCAAAUUGGGAGCAAAAGUAAAUUACACCGAUAAGCUAAGCCUGAGAACUUUGCCCACAGCAUCUCAGUUUUCUCGAUGAAACAAUUUAAUACCAUGGUUGAAGUUGAGGUUAAAUGUUAGUGCCCCUGUGGGGAAGGCAUGAGCUGUCAAAAGGACAGCUCAGCCUACAUCAGUCUCCUGCACUCUUGCAAGCUGAUGUCCUGAGACAGCUUCUCCACACGGGCCUGCAGCCCUGUCCCCUGAUAGACGCUGAGGUGGUGAGUGUCCAGAUUAAUCUGGUUUUGACAUCAGUAAGUUUGGUGUGACAGAAACCCUGGUUUUUUUUUCCCCCAACCUGGUUUUCCGUCGUUCGGUUGAUAGGAAUGCAUGCUACUUUCUUUAAAACUCCAAAAUACAUUUUAACAAAGCUUGUGCAUUGGUGCACAGCAGAUCAGCCAGAAGCAACCAAUUCUUCACCAAAAAUCUUGGUAGUCAUUUCCAUUCAAACUGAUGCCAAAACCGAAGAUUCACCAUGCUUCACCGCAUCUUACGAGACACAUGUGAGAUGUGACCUAAGGGACACACCAGAAGGAGGGCAUCAUGGGAUGUGUUAACCUCUAAAAUGAUUGUGAAUAUUACGUUUUUUUUUCUAUUUAAAGAACAGAACUACAUUUUUUUGAAGGAAAAUGCUGUUAGUCUAACUAUUAUAUUACAGGAAUAGGUUCAUGGUCUUGCUUUUGGCCAAAGAAAGACCAGAGCCUUGAAAGCCAUUUUUCAGGUCUGAUGAAGCUGCCAAUUUCAGCACACCGAAGUUUCUACAGUGACCUUCCGCACACACUAACUAAAGACCUACUCUGAAAACCACAUGUAAGAACUUUCACAGUGAUUUUUUUUUAGAUAGUUCAUGUUUUACCCUAGAAGGAUGGCUUUUGAAAUUGUGAUUUUUUUAACUAAAUAAAAUUUAGACCCAAAAGACACCAUAAAUCUAUUUUAAUUAGGAAAAUGAAUCAUAAGUGAAGGGACAUAAAUACACAGUCUUCCCGUGAAAUGGCAAUAAUGUGGCAUCAUGCUAUUAAAUUUAGCAGCUGUAAUAAAUUUAUGUCAUUUUUGACUGAUCUAUUAAAAGUAAGUUUUGAAAAAUAUGGCAUUUAAAUUUCUAGGUGAUGUGCUACUAAAAGUGUUCUUUGUGGAAUUAGUGAGCCAAUGCCAAAAUGUUUUCUUUGUAUUGCAGCUUUAAAGUAACGCACUCCACAAUAACCUACUUGUUAGAGAUAGCGGUGCUAUUACCAUGGAGUGUGGGCCACCUGAACCACUGUUUUGGGGAGAGAAGAAGAUGGAGAAUGCGUAUUAUACAGUGACCGUUUCCCUAGAGUUACAGAUGCCUCCUCCGUGUAAGGUGUGUAGGGUAUAUGUGAGGUAAACCGAGGUAUAAAAUACAGAUGAACCAAAUAAUUAGUUCUAAGUGUCGUCAUGAUUCCGAAUUCGUGGAGUCUGGUGUUUUUCCAUAGAGUGUGACAAAGGACAGUCAUAGCUCAGUAGCUACACGUAUUUGCCUUUAUGUUAGAAGAGACUUUCUUGAGUGGCAUUUUAAUAGAGGAGGCAUCCACUAUGUUUUUCUGUGUUACAGCAGCAUAGUCCUUAGGCUCCUGGACAGAGUGAAAUCAUGAGUAUUUAUGAGUUCAGUAUUGUUCAAAUAAGGCUACAGUAUUUGCUUUUCUGUGUGGAUGUAUUGCAUAUAACGUUCAAGUAGGCGGUUUUACAUUUGCAGGCAUCGGAAAUGUCUGAUGACUCCAUUUUAUCAGUCCUGACUGUACAAGAUUGUUGCGAUUUCGAACAGCAGUUUUAUGAAGUUAAUUUACCUUUUGAUCUAUACAAUUUUUGUUAGCUAUUCAUUUCAGCAUUAUGUUUUCCACAAUGCCCAUUUGUGGGAUUCCUUUUUUUGCCCCUAAAUUUUCAAAGGAAGAAGAAGCUUGCGAUUGAGAAAGGAGAAGGAGGAGAAGAAAAAGAAAUAGGAGAUAAGGAAUAAAGGAAGAAGGAAAGGAGGUGACGAGAGGGGGUGAGAGAGAGCUGGAACCUUCCGCUGAUGACCCUGUUGGUCUGCAUUCUUGGUUUAACUGCUAAUGGCCUGAUUUUUUCCCCAAUGACCUUAUUCCAAACCUAAGUCCUGCUAUGCCCUGAGGUCCUGCUGGGCAGAAUCCAUUUAAUGAUCAACACUGCCCAGGCCACAGUACUGGGUGCUUUGUGCAGACAGGGUCGAGAGAGAAUUUCAAACAUAAAGUCCGUUUGAGGUUCGUAACCUGACUGAAAAAUUAUCUUCUCACAGCAUCUAUGCUGUGUCUAGAAAGUAGAUUGGAGAGCUGAGAAGUACCCAGAUAAUUCAGGACAAAACUGCACACAUAUAGAGAAGUACCCCAGUCUAUGAAGUCUGAACACUCCGAGCAAAUGAACUAUCAAAAUCAAAUUACUGAAUAAUUGUUAAUUUACCCAUUGUGCUUAGCUUUGUAACACAGCUGAAAGUUAUCUAUUUAAUCUUUUCAAUAAAAAUUGUUUUUUUUGAAAUCCAGAAAUGAUUUUAAAAAAAGAGGUCAGGUUUCUAACUAUUUAUUGAAGUGUGUGGGUGUACAGUAUUUCAAUAGAUAUGAAUAUGGAUAAAUGGUAUUGCCUUAAGAUCCUCUGAAAUGUACUUACUUUAAAGACUGGAAAACGCCCUUCCUGUCUUUAGCAAAACAUCCAUAUUUCAUAAUCUGAUGUAAAAUAUGUUGUACUGUUUCCAAUAGGUGAAUAUAAAGUCAGUUUAUCAAUUAAAA